AUGUCUCUGCUCCUCACUGAUCUUCUCAACCUCAACCUCUCUGAUUACACUGAAAAGAUUAUUGCAGAGUACAUAUGGAUCGGUGGGUCUGGCAUAGACAUCAGAAGCAAAGCCAAGACUCUUCCUGCACCAGUUAGCGAUCCCUCAAAGCUUCCCAAGUGGAACUAUGACGGUUCUAGCACUGGCCAAGCUCCUGGGAAAGACAGUGAAGUCAUCCUAUAUCCACAAGCCAUUUUCAGGGACCCAUUUAGGAGGGGCAAUAAUAUUCUUGUCAUAUGUGAUACAUACACCCCGGAUGGAGAGCCAAUUCCAACCAAUAAGAGGGCUAAUGCAGCAAAGAUUUUCAGCCAUCCUGAUGUUGUAGCUGAAGAACCCUGGUUUGGAUUAGAGCAAGAGUAUACUUUGUUGCAGAAAGAUGUAAAAUGGCCAAUUGGGUGGCCUCUCGGUGGAUAUCCUGGACCACAGGGGCCAUACUAUUGUGGGGCUGGAGCUGAUAAGGCCUUUGGGCGUGACAUUGUAGAUUCUCACUACAAAGCAUGUCUUUAUGCCGGCAUCGACAUCAGUGGCAUCAAUGGUGAAGUUAUGCCUGGCCAGUGGGAAUUCCAAGUUGGACCUACUGUCGGCAUCUCUGCCGGAGAUCAGUUAUGGGCUGCUCGUUACAUUUUGGAGAGGAUUACAGAGAUAGCUGGAGUGGUGCUUUCCUUUGAUCCCAAACCUAUUGAGGGCGACUGGAAUGGGGCUGGUGCUCACACAAACUACAGCACCAAGUCCAUGAGAAGCGAUGGAGGAUAUGAAGUUAUCAAAAAGGCAAUUGAAAAGCUUGGGUUGAGGCACAAGGAACACAUUGCUGCUUAUGGGGAUGGCAACGAGCGCCGUCUCACUGGGCGACAUGAAACAGCAGACAUCCAUAGGUUCAUAUGGGGAGUGGCAAACCGUGGAGCUUCCAUAAGAGUUGGGAGGGACACGGAGAAAGAUGGGAAAGGCUAUUUCGAGGAUCGGAGGCCUGCUUCAAACAUGGAUCCUUAUGUUGUCACUUCCAUGAUUGCUGAAACUACAAUUCUCUGGAAACCAUAG